AUGCCCCAAUACUUAUAUAUCAAUGACCUUCUAAAUCCGCGAGGAGACUUCCUCCUGGGUGUCUUGGGGCCUUCUGAAGCCAGGAGGAGACUUCUGAGUCAACUCAAAAGUCACCUCGCUGCUGCACGGAUCAGGGGUCUCCUGGAGCCAGGAGGACUCUUCUUCCUGAGGGUGCCAGUGGGCAACAACACACUGGUGCGCAUCACAUGUCCUAAAUUCUCAUGCCUUGCCAUGCAUUCCCAUUCCCUGGCAUCUCCUCCCCCCUUCCCCAUUGCGCAGAUCAGGGGCCUGUUGAAGCCAGGAGGGCUCUUCUUCCUGGGGCUCCCAGUGGGCAACGACACCCUGGUGUUCAAUGCAAUGCGCAUCACAUGUCCUGUCAUCGCAUGUCUUCCCAUGCAUUCCCAUUCCCUGGCAUCCCCUCCUCCCCGUUCAACUGCGCAGAUCAAGGGUCUUCUCAAGCCAGGAGGGCUCUUCUUCCUGGGGCUCCCAGUGGGCAACGACACGCUGGUGUUCAAUGCGCAUCGGGUGUACGGUCCCAUCCGCAUGCCGCUGCUGCUCGACGGAUGGAAGCUGCUGGACGUGUUUGGGGUGUCCAGCCUCGAAGCCACUUAUAGGGAGAACCUGGAUAAGGCCAACAUACAGCCGGUCAUGGUGUUGACAUAUACUUCUUAG